AUGCUCUCCGAGCUCCCAUCAGAGAUCAUUUAUCAAAUCGCAACACAUCUCCCGACUGCCAAUGCAUUGGCCCAUCUGUCCCAGACAUGUCACCGACUGCACGGCAUAAUCACAGCUGAAAAUUCUCGGAUCUUCCGAGCGUUUGUGCGAAGUAGAUUUCCAUAUAUCGAAACACCGCCAUUCUGGAAAGAUGCUGCACGAGCUUUGACCUCUAGGUCGCGGGCCUUGGACAGAAAAGCCAUCAUCGGAAGAUUUGUCGUGCCACCUGGAACUGCGACCAAAAUCGGUUCUCACGAGGUGACUCGCCAAGAUAACCCGACUCUCGGGUACAGACCUUCAAUUGAUUCUUACGAGACCUGGAAUGGCCAGCGUUGGGCUGAUAGGAAAGAGGUCCUUGCCUGGGGUGCUGCCAAUCAGCUUGUGAUGAGGAUCAAGCAAACUGGUGUUCGCGCGCAAGAAGACUGGCUUGUGUUUAACGAUAUUGAUCAUGUUAGCAGCUAUGACGACAUUUGUUCUCUGCAUCUUUUGUCCUCAGCGACUCGAUACAGCAACGAUACCCAUGUGGAGCAUCUGAUCUUCGGUCGGGUCCGAGGUGAUAUUGUUCACCUUGCCAUCUCUCCCAAUGAAGCAACCUUUGAGCACAAGCAGAAGUUUAUAUCAUUUGGACUCAACCUCGAUAAAACAGAUUUGAGUAGUGGCACAGACUCUACUUUGGCUGCUCAUUUUGAAAAUGGAAGCAUCGCUUUCUAUCAUACCGAGACUGACGACGAAGUAAUCGAGCCAUUUACAUGGCUUCGACUGGAAGGCUCGUCACGAACCAACUACUCCAAACUGCUAUCCUCAUCACUAGUGGCAGUGGGAACUGGAAAUGUGGAAAACUCCUUGUCUAUCUCGAAAAUCACACCAGACGGUGUCUCUGUAUAUCGAACAAUCGGAAUUGGUUCUUUAGACGCCGACUCUACAAACCUUAAAUCAAAGGCCAAUAUCGGCGCCAUUGAGCCUCUCAAUGAACACAACCUAGGCUCCCCCGGCGAAGUCUUUCUAACCGCCUGGGACGACUACACCGUAAGACUUCACGACCUGCGCUCCCCAAGGCCCUCCGAAGUCUCCUACAGAGACGCCACGGACCUCAAUCCCAUUUACAGCCUCCACGCCUUCGGCCAUGACCGCUUCUUAGCCGGAGCUGGCGGCGAAGCCGUGGUCAAAAUCUUCGACCUACGCAUGUGCAACACAUACAGUUACCUCGAUGCACAAUUCCCCGACUCGCAAUUCAAUGCCAACACCAUACCCAGAACAAAAGCAAAACCCCGCCCUAAAAAGGGCUUCUCCAUAUUCCUCUCCCACCCACCACCCCCUACAUUCCCCCAACAAACUCCACACCCAGUCCGCACCCGCCAAAGAGGCCCCUACCGCGGCCCCAUCUACACAAUGUCCUCACCCUCACCCUCCUCGCCGACCGUCUACACGGGCAUCGUGGACGGGGUGGUCCAGCUCGAUUUUGCGUCUACGGAUGACUUAACCGGUCCGGGGAAAGAGUGGUACGAAUAUAAUCUGGACCUGGGUGUGAAUAUGGGUCCGGGGAGUUUACCGCGCUGGAACGCCGAGGCAUUCAAUUUGGCUGGAUAUGAGCGCCCGGAUGACGAGGACUCCGCUACCACUUCUAAGCUGAGGACUCAGCGCGCGUUUGCGGAUCUUAAGCCUGGGGAUGCUGCUCGUGGGACGCAUACGGGUUGGGAUUGUAGGUGGGAGACUUUGGAGGAGCCUGGGGCUUGGAGAAGGCAGGAUGGAUAG